AUGAGUAAUACUCCAGAACACAGUUCAAGAAAAGAUAACAGAGGAAAACGGAGGAAAUUAUUUUCUGGGGAAGAAGGAACAGCAGCAGAAAGUCACUCUUCCAAUGAAGAAAGGGCAGGGAGAUGGGAGCGUGCUUCUACCUCCAAAAGUGUUGAUGCUGUGGAAAUGAGAAAUUCUGUUGUCGAAGAAGAAAAUUGUUUCUACCAGAAUGCAGCACAGGCCUCUCCCACACAAUGCCCUAAAGCUGGAGACGUGACGCCUAAACAUAGUCUGCGUAUAAAAACACCGGUUAAGAACUCCGUCCCAGAGAUGAAAAAAGGAUUCGGAGAUUGGAGCAUAGAAGAACAAGAAAGACUCCUCUCCAUCUUUAAAAUCGGUUUUGAUGGAGAUUUCAAGAAAUUGGCGGACCAAUUUCCCAACCAAACUGUUGAUAGCGUACGCUAUCUAUUCACUCAAUUUGAGGAAGACAGGGAUAAGGCUGCUUGGGAAAUUGUUUUGAACACAAAAAUUGAAGAACUGCGCCAGAUGAAAGGUGUUGACUACUCUGAAAAUCUGCCACUCCACUUCCAACUGCACUCUGGAACAUACCCAGCUCAAUCUCCAGUCGGAAGGGUCGACUAUGGAGCUAUUUACGCCAACAUAGCAGCAUUGAUGCGGGGUGAAAUAAUCGACAAUCUUGACCCAGUGACAAAGAUGCACUUUAUCGGGCUGUGGAAUGUGCACAAACAACGUAUCCUGGCUGGACCAGAAGUUCCCUUUCCGGAAUUCAAACCAAAAGAGGGAUCUGCUCUCGAAAGGAAGAUGGAGUUAGCAGAACGAAGAUCUGAGAUAUGGGCUGCUGACGAGUUGGCAGCAAAGGAAACUAUUCUUUCGGAAGACGUUCCUACUAUCGAAGAGUUUUACUUGUCACAUGCGUCACUUAACCCUUCUAAUGGAUAAAUUUGAGCUUUAAAUUAUUUAAAAAAAUUGAAAUUCGAUGUUACGUGUUUUGCUUGAAAUCGUUUCGGCUUAAACUGUGUUUUAAUAAAUUCAACCUGCCAUUGCAUACUAAUCAA